AAACAUCUCUCUCUCAAGUCCAAGAAAAAUCAUGACCGCCGUAACAGCUGUCCUCCGCCUCCUCACCUUCACGCUCUUCGUUGCCACGUCAGUACAACUGCCGCUGCCUGAUGGAUGCUCCCCCGUGCUGGUAGCGUUCUCGCCAUGUUUGCAAUACGUGUCCGCGCCGCCCAAUAAUAUGGCGGAAACUGUUCCGUCUCAGUGCUGUGACGCAGUAAACUCGGCCUUCAAUUCUGGCCACGGUGAAUGCCUCUGUGAACCUCUCCGGCAGCCGCUCAUCUUCGGCUUUCCACUGAACGAAACCAGACUCCGUUCGCUGUCCUCUGUUUGCCACACGAGUGGUUCUCUGGAGUCGAUCUGCUCCUCAGGGUCAUCACAAACAGAUUUGCCUCCUCUCCAUGGCGGCAUGACAGGUCCAGAGAUUCCAAACCCACCUGAUUCAGGUAGUAAACAACAAUUCCCGUUUCCUUCUGAUUCAGGUGAGCCACAAUUUCCGAUUCCGAAACCACCUGAUUCAAGUAACCUACCACACUUUCCUAUUCCAAAACCACCUGAUAAGAAACUACCACACUUUCCUAUUCCAAAACCUUCUGAUAACUCCCUCCAUUGCCAAUUCCAAAACUUGAUAACCACUCAAUUGCCAAUUCCAAAACCUUCUGAUACCAUCCUCAGUUGCCAAUUCCAAAACCUUCUGAUAACCACCCUCAAUGCUUUGCCUCCUCUCCCGUUUCAAAAACUUCUGAUAACCACCCUCAACUGCCUUUGCCUCCUCUCCCGUUUCCAAAAACUUCUGAAACCACCCUCAAUUGCCUUUGCCUCCUCUCCCGUUUCCAAACCUUCUGAUUCAGGAAAUGAUAAUACCUCUGCUCCAACGACGAGUUCACCUACAACCAAACUCAUCCGUAAUAGAUCCAGAGGUUCUAUAGCAACUACAAAGAUUUCAAAAGCAAUAGUUGGUUUCUACCGGGAUUAA